ACGGGUAUACGGAUUUUAGCGAUGUUAUAAAGUGACUAUUAUGACUAUGUAAAAUUACAAGUUCACAAACAAAAACAAGUUUUUGUCGUAAACGAUAACACUAGAAAUUUCCCUAUAUUCCAUUAAAAUCUUUCAAAAUGGUUUGCGAAAAAUGUCAGAAAAAACUUGGAAAGGUUAUUACUCCUGAUCCAUGGAAGUCUGGUGCAAGAAAUACAACAGAGGGAGGUGGUAGAUCUGUGAAUGAAAAUAAAGCUCUUACUAUGAAAAAGAACAG